AUGCCCUCCGUGGAGAGGGCAUUCGAGGGGCAGCCAUAUCAUGGGUUUUGGGGGCAGGUGACGGUGCGCGCCAUGCUCGUAGCCAUCGUGCUUGCGGGCCUCUUCUCUAUGGUGACACUGAACAUCUACAUGAAGGUCGGGGUUGUAGGAGCAUUCAACAUGCCCAUCAACAUCCUCAGCUUUGUCGUCCUCCGAAGCCUUGUUGGCCUGAUGCGACGCUGCGGCAUAGCCCCAGCGCCGUUCACGCGCCAGGAGAAUAUCUUCCUCCAGACCAGUACAAUGACCUGCAUUAACAUUUCACUCUCUUGUGGUUUCGGAAAUUACUUUGUUGGAUUGUUUACUGUGGUAGCAAAAUCUCUUAGUGAUAACCCAGAUAAAAGAGACAUUGUCGACGUGACGGUGGGACAAUAUGGGUUUUUCCUUCUCACAGUUGGUAUGGUGGCAAUAAUGGCAACGCUGCCGCUGGUGCAGUGGUUCUAUGCUGGAGGUGAUAGUUGUGGAUUUGGCGUCUUUCCUACAUUUGGGCUAGAACUAUAUAAGCGUAGAUUCUUCUUUGAUUUCUCUACGUCAUUUUUGGGUGUUGGUAUGAUUGUCCCACAUGUUGUAAACUUUGGAUUGCUUUUUGGGGCCAUCAUCUCUGGAGCCAUCUUAUAUCCUUACCUUGAAAGUAAAAGAGGGCAAUGGUAUAUCACUGACAGUCCUUCAACUCUGAAUGGAGUCAAUGGAUACAAGAUUUUCAUGGGCUUAACAAUGGUCGUAACCGAGGGAAUAUUCAACUUCAUUACACUUACUACUGCAUUGGUAAUCGACUUCUACAAGAAAACGGAAGAAAAUGAUUCUGGGGCAGCUAAAUAUAUCUUGAAGCACCCCAGUCUUAACUAUGAUGAUCGUAAAAGGCUUGAGGUAUUUAUUGGUAAUCGUGUCCCUGCCAUUGGAGGAGUGAUUGGGUACAUUGGAUUUGCAGUUAUAUGUUCAGUCAUUAGCCAUUGGAUCUUCCGUGAAAUUCAGUUCCAUCACUUAGCCUUGGUAUUCACCAUUAUUCCAAUUUUUAUCUUCAGCAAUACAUACGGAACAGGUCUCACAGAUUGGUCAGUUGCACCAACGUAUGCCAAGUUCGUACUUUUCCUUGCAGCAGCGUCGGAUGCCGCACCCGGUGCAGUCAUCGUUAGUCUUGUUGCUUGCGGUGCAGCCUUCAUGAGUCUUAACAUUUCAUCACAGGCAGUGCAAGACUACAAGACAGCUUAUAUGACGCUGACUUCACCAAGAGCUGUGUUUGCUGGGCAUGUUUAUGGUAUAGUAAUCGGCUCUAUUAUUAAUCCAUUAAUCUAUGCUUUCUUUGACCUCAAGGCCAAGAAAACUGCCCCCAUUGGAACCCCAAAAUCAGAGUUCCCAGCCCCCUACGCACAAGUCUAUCGUGCCAUUGCCUUACUUGGCAUGGGAGGAGUGAAGGAGCUUCCCAAACACUGCAUCACCUUUUCUUUUAUUACCUUCUUGAUGACAUUAGCUAUCGAGACACUUAGAUUGGUGUCUCAGAGAAAAGAUUGGAAAGUGCAGUAUUACAUCCCUUGUAUGACGGCAAUAGCACUACCAUUCCUCUCUGGACCUACCUUCGCCGUCGACAUGGCCUCAGGUACUAUAUUGCGACUGAUUUGGACUAAAAUACAUAGACAAAGUGCAGAACUCUAUUCAGCGGCAGUUGCAGCAGGAUUAGUAUCUGGAGAUGGAAUAUGGUAUCUACCAUCAGCACUACUAGGCCUCUUCAAAGUGGAGCCUCCAAUAUGCAUGAGGUUCUUACCAAGUGGAAAAGAAGUGCAGAUCGCGGAUGCAUUCCUAAACAACUUAGGGACACAAGGAAUGACAUGA